GCGUCACCAGGGAGCGCCCGGUCUCCCGAAAGUCUUCUUUAGCUUAGCCACCUGGCGCACUCCCCCUGCAGUUCCCUGGGGGUCGUGGUUCCGAAUACCCUGCGGGUGUCUAGGCGCCCCCUGGCCUCAGUCCCCAGCCUGGUUAGUCCCAGCCCGACAGCUCAGGGAGCCCGGCAAGAGCCGCCUCUGCAGUCAGGUUCUGAUGCUGGUCUCUUGUAGAAGGUUGCUCACAGCUUUGCUGCAGGCUCAGAAGUGGCCCUUUCAGCCCUCCAGAAAUAUGAGGCUGGUGCAGUUCCAGGCACCCCACCUGAUGGGACCUCACCUGGGCCUGGAAUCAGAGAAUGGCGGGGGGGUCAUCAACCUCAACGCCUUUGACCCCACACUGCCCAAGACAAUGAUGGAGUUCCUGGAGCAGGGAGAGGCCACCCUCUCGGUGGCAAGAAGAGCUCUGGCAGCCCAGUUGCCCGUUCUGCCACGGUCAGAAGUGACCUUCCUGGCCCCUGUCACACGGCCAGACAAGGUGGUAUGUGUGGGAAUGAAUUAUGUGGACCACUGCAAAGAGCAGAACAUUCCUGUGCCCAAGGAGCCCAUCAUCUUCAGCAAGUUUCCCAGUUCCAUCGUGGGGCCCUAUGACGAGAUCGUCCUCCCCCCGGAGAGCCAGGAAGUGGAUUGGGAGGUAGAGCUGGCUGUGAUCAUUGGAAAGAAAGGCAAGCACAUCAAGGCCACAGAUGCCAUGGCUCACGUGGCUGGCUUCACUGUGGCUCAUGAUGUAAGUGCUCGUGACUGGCAAACAAGACGCAAUGGAAAGCAGUGGCUGCUGGGAAAAACCUUUGACACCUUUUGCCCCCUGGGCCCUGCCUUGGUGACCAAGGACAGUAUAGCAGAUCCACACAACUUAAAGAUCUGCUGCCGAGUGAAUGGGGAAGUGGUCCAGAGCAGCAACACCAACCAGAUGGUGUUUAAGACAGAAGAUCUGAUAGCCUGGGUCUCCCAGUUCGUGACUCUUUACCCAGGGGAUGUCAUGCUGACUGGAACGCCCCCAGGUGUUGGUUUAUUUAGGAAACCUCCAGUAUUUCUCAAGAAGGGCGAUGAAGUUCAGUGUGAAAUCGAAGAACUAGGCGUCAUGAUCAACAAGGUGGUGUGAUGGAUCUUACCCAAGCCCUGGACUUGAGGGGGGAGCGUCCAUUCCCACCCCUCAAAGGGAACAGCCAGUACCAGCUGCUUCAAGCUGCCUCUUCCGGGUGGAGGGAGAGGGAUGGAGCUCUUCUCUUCAAUAAAAUCCUCAGCCCAAAACAGCA